UGCAAUACAGACGUGUCACACCUGGAGAUGUCACUCAUGUAGUCUGCUCAUAAAGCCACUGCUCUUCUGUUAUUCCCGAAAAUGGAGCAUGUGGAUCGAAUUUUGUCUGAAAGUCCCUCCAUUGAAGAGCUGGAGGAUAUUUUACAUGGGGGUCAGCUAUCCUGUAACCAUGUCGAUGAAGUGUGGCCUAAUUUGUUUCUUGGCGACAUGUACACGUCUCACGACAGAUAUGGCCUAUGGAGACUGGGUAUAAGUCAUGUUUUGAAUGCUGCACAUGGGAAAAUGUGCUGCAAAGGAAGUGAUGAUUUUUACGGUACAACUGUAAAGUACUAUGGCGUGCCAGCAAAUGACCUGCCUACAUUUGAUAUUUCACCCUUUUUUUACCCUUCAUCACAUUACAUUCACGAUGCUCUCAGCACAACAGGUGCUAAAGUGUUUGUGCAUUGCGCCGUGGGAGUGAGCCGGUCUGCUGCUCUGGUCUUAGCUUACCUGAUGAUAUACUGCAAUUACUCUCUGGUGGAUGCCAUCUUGAAAGUGAAAGAAAGAAGAUGGAUCUUUCCAAACCGAGGAUUUCUGAAGCAGUUGAUAACUCUCAACAGUGAAUUAAACUACAAGGCGCAGUCACAGUAAAUGUUCUUUUAAACAAGUAUGCAAGUCAGAAAUCUGUAAAUUAAAAAUAGCGUUACAUUUGAACAGUAGGCCUACAGCUGAUCAACAACAUUUCCUUUGUGUCACUUUCUGUUAAGCUUAAAGAAAUCCAAAGCAAUGCUUGUACUGCUCAAUAAAUGGGUGGGUUUUGGUCUUUGUACGAAUGAAUUAUUUGUUACUAUUAUUAUUUGUUCAUUAAUAAACAGUAGCC